AUGCCGGUACGUCGGGGGGGGGUGGAGCAGGGGGGGGCGGGGGACAGGGGGGAUCAGGCCGGGGGGGGCGCGGGCGGAAGCGGCGAGCGGGGGGCAGCGGCAGACAUUCUGCGCCGGCUGCUGGCGGAGCUGUGUACGCGCACGCCGUACGCGGCGAAGGAGGAGGGCGCGCUGACGCUGCGCCAGCACGUGGAGGAGGAGGCGCGCGAUCUCAGCGGCGAGGCCUUUACGCGUUUCAUGGACACCCUGUACGAACGGAUCAACGUGCUUGUAGAGAGCAGCUCGCCGUCCGAUAAUCUCGGCGCCGUUCACGCUAUCGACGAGUUAAUCGACGUGCCGCUCGGCGAGAGCGCGGCCAAGGCGUCGCGUUUCGCGUCGUUCCUGCGGCGAAUCUUCGAGGAAAAGACGGACGCUGACACGAUCUCCGCGGCGGCGGCGACGUUGGGACACGUGGCACGCGCGGGCGGCGCGAUGGCUGCUGACGUGGUGGAGUUUCAGGUGAAGGAGGCGCUGCGGUGGCUCGAGGGGGAGCGCGUCGAGGCGCGGCGAUACGCGGCCGUGCUUAUACUGAAGGAAAUGGCGGCGAACGCGCCGACGGUCUUCAACGUGCACGUCCCGACAUUCAUCGACGUCAUCUGGGCGGCACUGCGCGACCCGAAGCUCGCGGUGCGAGAGCGCGCGGUGGAGGCGCUGCGCGCGUGCCUGCGUGUUAUCGAGAAGCGCGAGACGCGGUGGCGCGUGCAGGGGUACUAUCGACUAUUCGAGGAGACUGAGAAAGGGCUGCAGCGCAGCGCGAGCGUCGAGAGCAUCCACGGCUCGCUGCUCGCGAUCGGCGAAAUGCUUCGCAACACGGGCGAAUUCAUGAUGGCGCGUUACAAGGAAGUCGCGAACAUCGUUCUCAAGUAUCGCGACCAUCGCGAGCGCCUCAUCCGCCGAUCCAUCACCGCGCUUCUGCCGCGCAUCGCGCAUUUCCUCCGCGACCGCUUCGUGAGCAGCUAUUUAAAGAUCUGCAUGGAUCACCUCCUAGGCGUCAUGAAGAACCCCGCCGAUCGCGACGCGGGCUUCGCGGCGCUCGGCGAGAUGGCCAGCGCUGUCGGCCCCGCGCUGCGCCCGUACCUCCCCGCGAUCUCCGCGCUCCUCCGCGAGGCGCUGACUCCGCGGCGCGGGCGCGCGUCGGUGGAGGCGCUGACGUGCGUGGGGCAGCUGGUGGCGGCAGUGGGGGACGACAUGCGCGAGGUGGUGCGCGAGCUGCUCCCCGUGUGCCUGCACACGGGCCUUUCUCUCCCCCUCGUGCACACGCUCGCGCACAUCUCCGCGCAUCUCCCCGCGCUCAAGCCGCUCGUCCAAUCACAGCUCAUUGAGGCCAUUACCGCCGUGCUCGCGCGCAAGUCCUCCGCGCGGAUCGGAACCAGCGCGGGCGGCGCGUUCGGCUCUCUGACGGGCGCGCGUCCCCCCGCGGGCGCAGGCGGAGGCGGAAGCGGAUCCGGGGGCUCGCUGACGCUCGGCGGAAGCGCCAGCCUGAGCAGCCUGGCGAGCGGCGCGCUCACAGGCGGAGGGGGGGGCGGGGCGGGGAGCAGCGCGGGGAGCAGCGCGGGAGGGGGGAGCGUGGCGGGGGAGCUGUCAAUGGCGGGGGUGACGCAGCUGGCGCUCUGCACGCUCUACUCGUUUGACCUAUCAGGGCACGACCUGCUAGAGCUGACGCGUGUACACGUGGCGAGGUACCUGGAGGAUGAUGACGUGGCGACCAGGAGGGAGGCCGCCGUGUGCUGCGCGCAGGUCCUCGCCCACACCGCUUCCGCCCUCUCCGCGCCCCCCUCCCCCUCCCCCGCACCCUCCCCCGCGCCCCGGUCAGAACCCAGCGGCGCGGGUGCAGCCCCUGGCGCUGCUGGCGGUGGGGGAGGGGGCGGCCGGGCGGCAGGGGCCGUUUCGGGCGGCGUGGGGGGCGGCAGCGGGCGGGGCAGCAGCAGCGCGGCGGCACUCAAAGUCCAGCGAAUCGCGCAGCAGCUGCUGCUACAGCCGGGCAUGCGGAAGAAACGGCGAGGGAUCGUAGAGGACAUGCUGGAGCGCCUAUUGGUCUCCUCCGUUGCUGACGUGGACGCCGGCGUGCGCAAGGCCGUCCUCGCGUGCCUCUCCGCACCGGCCUCCACCGCACUGGACUCCUUCCUGGCGCAGCCAGACUGCCUCCGCGCGCUCUUCAUCGCGCUAAACGACGAAACAUACGACGUCCGAGAGCAGGCCGUGCUGCUUGCCGGGCGGCUCGCCACCCGGAACCCGGCGUACGUGCUGCCGGCGCUGCGGCGGCACCUAGUGCGGCUGCUGGGGGACGUGGAGCACAGCGGGGACAGCCGGCUGCGGGAGGACGGCGCACGGCUGCUGCGGUGCCUCAUCCACUCGUGCACGCCGCUCGUGGCGCCGUACAUCGCGCCCAUCCUCAAGGUCUUUGUCGCGCGCCUCAAGGCCGUGUCCGCCGCACAUGCCGCUGCCGUGGGGACGGUGGGGGGCGGUGGGACGAGCGGGGUGGUGGCGUCGAUGCUGGCAACGGUAGGUGAGCUGGCAAAGGUGGCAAGGAGUGCGCUCACUCCGUACGUGCCUGAUCUCAUGCCUCUCAUAGUCGACUCCUUGCAUGAUACCACGGGGCCGGGACCGGGAGAAAGGAGGGAGGUGGCGGUGGUGACUCUCGGGCAGGUUGUGGAGAGCACGGGGUGUGUAGUCGCGCCGUACCGCCACUACCCCCAACUUUUGGGGUUACUUCUGUCGAUGCUGAACGGGCAGCUGGCGUGGUUGAUGCGGCGGUCGGUGCUGCAGGUGCUGGGCAUUCUGGGCGCCUUGGACCCGCACGUCAACAAGCGCAACCAGCUGCUGCUGCUGCCGCCAGCCAUGGCCGCCCAGGGGGGCGUGGACGCCCGGGGGGUCUCCGCAGGAGGGGGUGGAGGCGCGGGUGGGGGUGGCGGAGCAGCAGGGGGAGGCGGGGGGGGCGGGGGAGCGGGAGCAGGGGGAGCGGCGGGAGGAGGAGGGGCGGGGGGAGGGGGCGGGAGGGGCGGGGCGGCGGGAGGCGGAGCAGGGGGCGCAGCUGGGGCGGCAGGCGGGGCAGUGGGACCAUUACAGCCACCGCGCGUGCUCCAGGGCUUCGACCGCAUGGGUGGCAUGGGCGGCGACGACCCACUGACAGACGUGCCGUCAGCGGGAGGCCUAACAGACGAGUACUACUCCACAGUGGCCAUCUCCGCUCUCCUCCGCAUCCUCCGCGACGGCGCCCUCGCAGCCCUGAGGGAGUUUCUCUUCUGGCAGCUGGCGCAGCUGGUCGGCAUCGUUCGGCAGCACAUGCGCAAGUACCUGCCGGAGAUCACCGCCCUGAUCCACGACUUCUGGCACCCGCUGCUGCUCUCCGUCUUCCCCCGCCCGCCCGCACCCUCCCCCGUGCUCAACCUAGUGGAGCAACUCGCCCGCGCCCUCCCCGAGGACUUCAAGGCGUGCCUCCCGGACUUGCUCCCGCGGUGCGUGGCGGUCGUGGCGGACGCGGAGCGCAGCGGCGACUACAAGCGCGUGCCGCCCGUGCUGCACGCGUUUGAGGUGCUGGGCGGCAGCAUGGUGGGCGGCGACAUGGAGCCGCACAUGCACCUGCUGCUGCCCGCCGUGGUGCGCCUCUUCAAGCCCGGCGUGUCCGACGUGCCGCUGCCCAUCCAGCGCGCUGCCGUGCGCACGCUCACACGCCUGCUGCCCUCCUUGCACGUCGCGGACCAUGCGGCGGCCAUCCUGCAUCCGCUGGCGCGCGUGCUGGACAGGCCCAGCGAGGAGCUCCGCAGGGACGCCGCUGACGCCAUCUGUGACCUCGCUCUCGCCCAGGGACCCGACUUCGCCCCAUUCAUCCCCACCAUCCGCCGCCUCCUCUCCCGCCACCGCCUCUCCAGCGCGCGAUUCGACGCCAUAGCAGCGUGCCUGCAGCGCCGCGACCCCUCGCUGCUGCUCAACCUCCCCCCCGCCGCCCACUCCUCCCUCCCCCGUGUUCCCUCCUCCGCCUCCUUCGCCGGGGGGAGCACCUGGGGGAGCUCCGAUAAUCUCGUAGGCCAGGGGGGAGGGGGGGGGACGCAGGGGGGAGGAGGGGGAGGCGCGGGCGGGCAGGGGGCGGGAGGAGGAGCGGGGGGCGGAGGCAGGGGCGCGGGCGGCACAGGCGCUGCGGCUGCUGGCGGCGCUGGCGGUGGUGCUGGUGGCGGCGGGGGAAGGCCACUAAACGCCACGGUGGGGUUCGAUGAGGACUGGGGCUUCGACUUCGACGGCAUGGGGUCGUCCCUCGACGCCGUCGGCAGCGCUGGCGGCCCCGGCGGCACCUCCAGGGGCGGCGGUGGUGGCGGCGGCGGCAACAGCAGCAGCGGCGGUGGAACCAACUUGGGUUUAUCAGCUUCAGGCACCUUACGGGUGAACGAGGGGCAGCUGAGGAAGGCAUGGGAGUCGUCUCAGCGCAGCACGCGGGAGGACUGGGCGGAGUGGAUGCGCCACUUCUCCGUGGAGCUGCUCAAAGAGUCGCCUUCCCCCGCUCUGCGCACGUGCGCCACGCUCGCGCCCCUCCAACCGCACGUGGCACGGGAGCUGUUCGCGGUGGGGUUCGUGAGCUGCUGGCAGGAGCUGAACGACGCCAGCCGCGACCAGCUCGUGCACUCCCUCGAAGCCGCCUUCGCGUCGCCCAACAUCCCCCCGGAGAUCCUCGCAACCCUUCUCAACCUGGCCGAGUUCAUGGAGCAGAACAAGUGCCCGCUCCCCGUCGACAUCCGCACCCUCGGCGCCUUAGCGGAGAAGUGCCACGCAUUCGCCAAGGCGCUGCACUACAAGGAGAUUGAAGCGCUGAUUCACAUCAACAAUCAGCUGCAGCAGCACGAGGCGGCGGUGGGCAUGCUCGUGUACGCGCAGCGACACCUGGCGGUGCAGCUCAAGGAGCCGUGGUAUGAGAAGCUGCAGCGCUGGCACGACGCGCUCGCGGCUUAUGAGCGCCGGGCGGCCGCUGCUGUGACGGCCAUGGGGGGCGGGGUCGGGGGAGGCGGAGCGGCAGCGGGAGGCGUCAUGGGGCAGACGGGGAUGCUUCUCUCUGGCGUACCCGGCGCUGCUCCCGGGGGCAUGCACCCCGGCAUGCACCCAUCCAUGCCGGUGUCGGCGUCAGCAGCAUCAGCGGCGUCAGCGGUGCUGCUAGACGCCACGCUGGGCCGCAUGCGGUGUCUGGGCGCCCUGGCGCGGUGGGAGGAGCUCUCUGCGCUCUGCCACGACGCGUGGCCGCCCGCUGAGCCGGCAGCGCGCAUGCAGAUGGCGCCGCUGGGGGCGGGAGCAGCGUGGAACAUGGGGCGGUGGGACGACAUGGCGGAGUAUGUCUCCGUGCUGCCUGAUGGGGGGGAUGAUGCCGGUGGGGCGUCCAUGGGUGGGUUUGGCGGGAUGGGCGGCGGUGGCGGGAGGUUCGGCGCGGUUCUGCCAAUGCAGCAGCACCAUAGCUUGGCGGGAGGUUCGGGGGUGGGGUCAGGUUCAGGGCGCAGCGACGGGGCGUUUUUCCGCGCCGUGCUGGCGGUGCGGCACGGGGCGUUCGGGGAGGCGAGGGAGUUCGUGGAAAGAGCACGGAAGCUUCUGGCGACGGAGCUGGCAGCGCUGGUACUGGAGAGUUAUGAGAGGGCGUACGGGGACGUGGUGAGGGUGCAGCAGCUGUCAGAACUUGAGGAAGUUAUAGACUACUGCUUGCUGGGGGCAGAUGCAGGGGGGGGAGCAGCUGGUGGGCGCGUGGGAGGGGGUUUUGGAGGGAUGGACGGAGGGGGGGUGAUCGGAUUUGGAGGGGAGGAGGGGCACAUGGGCGCGGGAGAGGUGGAGGCGAGGAAGGCGCUGAUCCGGCAGAUGUGGCGGGAGAGGAUCAAGGGCGCGCAGCGCAACGUGGACGUGUGGCAGGCGCUGCUAGCCGUGCGGUCGCUCGUCUUACCCAUGCACCAGGACGCCCACACGUGGCUCAAAUUCGCCUCUCUCUGCCGCAAGAGCGGGCGCGUGAGUCAGGCCCGAGCCACCCUCCUGAGGCUGCUGCAGCACGACCCUGCCGGGGCCAGGAUGCUCGGGCUGGAUGUUCACGAGGGGGAGGGCGGUGCCGUUACCAGCAUUGGCACUCCGGGCGGCGGACUGGCGGUGGUGGCCGGUGCGGGGGCGGCUGGGGCAGUGCCGCUGCUGCGGCUGCCUUCGGUGGGGUUGCGGGGCGGGGCGGGCGCGGGAGGAGGAGUGCUGGGGGGAAGCGGGUUGGGCAGUGUGGGUCUGGGAGGAGGCAUGGGCACCAGCAGCGCCGGCACCACCACCAGCACCACCAACGACAUGCUAACAGCCGCGGCAGCAGCCGUGGCAAAUAUACCACCCUCCCUCGCCUUCCCUACCUCCUCCUCCCUCCCAUUUCCCACCUCAUCCUCCCUCGCAUACCAGCCGUCAUCCACUCCCCCUCUACUCAUCCCAGCCAUGCCACACGUGGUGCUGGGCUAUCUCAAGUACGCCUGGGCCCUCGCCUCCGACGUCAACCGCCGCAACGCCUUCCGCUGCCUGCAGGAUCUCGCUGCCGCGCUCGCAGCCACUCACGGCGCGCCACCUGGCACCGCCGCCCUGGGGCUCGGGAUGGCUUCGGCGUCAAGCUUGGGGGGGGCGCGGCCGGUGUCUCCUCUGCCCGGCAUGACCUCGCUCCCACACACCGGCCACUCACCCCCUCCCCCCUCUGCUAUCCCAGGGCUCCCCUCCUCCUCCUCCCUCGCAGCACCGUCAGCAGGAGCAGCAUGGGCUGGAGCAGCAGCAGGAGCCACAGGGGAGGGCAGCAGCAGCGGCAUGGCGCACGGGGCGCCCCUUCUCUCGCGGGUGUACCUGAAGCUGGGCACGUGGCAGUGGUCGCUCCACCCCACCCUCUCCGACUCCUCCGUCGCCGAGAUCGGCACGUCCCUGCGGGCGGCAACAGAGCUGGCGCCAGAGUGGGGGAAGGCGUGGCAUCGCUGGGCGCUGUUCAACACGGCAGCCAUGACGCAUUUCACGCAGAGGGGCAACGCACACGCCGCUCAGAACCACCUCGUUGCCGCCAUUGCGGGGUUCUUCCGGUCCAUUGCGCUGGCCACGGCAGGCGGGACGGCGAGCCAGGCAGGCGGGACGGCGAGCCAGGCAGGCGGGCGAGCGGUGUUUGCUGCUGCUGGUGUGGCGGGAGGAACAGGCGGUGCAGGUGAUGGAAAGGGGAUGGGGGCGGGCGGGGGAGUGGGGGUGGCGAAGGGGCUAGGAUCGGGGAAGGGCGCGGGGGACAGCCUGCAGGAUAUUCUGCGGCUGCUGACUCUCUGGUUCCGGUACGGCGCUACAGCCGACGUGCAAACGGCGCUACAGGAGGGGUUCACGCACGUGAACAUCGACACGUGGCUGCACGUCAUCCCUCAGAUCAUCGCUCGCAUCCACAACAACGUGCCCGCCGUCCGCUCCCUCGUGCAAUCAUUGCUCAUCCGCGUCGGGCGGCAUCACCCGCAGACGCUCAUGUUCCCGCUGCUCGUCGCCUGCAAGUCCAUGUCGCUCUCGCGCUGCGCCGCCGCACAAGCAGUCCUGGACAACAUCCGCUCGCACUCUGCCGCUCUGGUGGAGGCAGCACAGCUGGUGUCUGUGGAGCUGAUCCGAGUGGCCAUCCUGUGGCACGAGAUGUGGCACGAGGCGUUGGAGGAGGCCUCGCGGCUGUACUUCGGAGAGCGCAAUGUGGACGGCAUGCUGGCCGUGCUCGCUCCGCUGCACGCGCUGCUCGAAACCGCCGGCCCGGAAACCAGCACGGAAGCUGCCUUCGUGGAAGCGUACGGGCGGGAGUUGGCGGAGGCGGCGGAGUGCUGCGCCAACUACAGGCGGACGGGGAGAGAGGCGGAGCUGACACAGGCGUGGGACCUGUACUACCACGUGUUCAAGCGCAUCAACAAGCAGCUCCCCGCGCUCACCACUCUCGAGCUCCUCCAGGUGGCGCCUGCGCUGGUUAACGCCCGCGACCUCGCUCUCGCUGUCCCCGGCACGUACCGAGCCGGCCGGCCGACAGUGACGAUCGCCGGGUUUGCGCCGCAGCUGCUGGUGAUCACGUCCAAGCAGCGGCCACGGAAGAUCUCGAUCUUGGGAUCCGACGGCCGGGAGUACGUGUUCCUGCUGAAGGGCCACGAGGAUCUACGACUGGAUGAGCGCGUGAUGCAGCUGUUUGGGCUGGUCAACACGCUCCUGGCCGGCGCCAGGUCAGCAGCUGACAAGGACCUCUCCAUCGAACGGUACGCAGUGGUGCAGCUGUCGCCCAACAUUGGUCUCAUCGGGUGGUUACCGCAUUGCGACACGAUGCACCAGCUGAUUCAGGAGUAUCGCGAGGCACACAACAUCGCAGUGAACCUCGAGAGGCGCCUCAUCCUGAGCUUCGCCCCAGACUACGACCACCUCACUGUCAUCGGGAAAGUGGAAGCGUUCGAACACGCGCUGGACAGCACGCCAGGGAACGACCUGGCGCGGGUGCUGUGGCUCAAGAGCCGCAGCGCUGAGGUGUGGCUGGAUCGCCGGUGCAACUACACACGGAGCCUCGCCGUGAUGAGCAUGGUGGGGUAUAUCCUCGGGCUGGGAGACCGCCACCCGAGCAACCUCAUGUUGGAUCGCUACUCGGGGAAGAUUAUCCACAUUGAUUUCGGUGAUUGCUUCGAGUCGUCCAUGCACCGCGAGAAGUUUCCCGAGAAGUUCCCGUUCCGGCUGACGCGCAUGCUGGUGAAGGCGAUGGAGGUGAGCGGCAUCGAGGGCACGUUCCGGUUCACGUGUGAGGCCGUGAUGGCAGUGCUGCGGCAGCACAAAGACUCCGUGCUCGCCAUGAUGGAGGCCUUCAUGUACGAUCCCCUCAUCAACUGGCGCCUUAUCAAUCGCACCGGCGCCGCUGCCGCCGCCGCCGCCAGCACCACUGCUGCUGCCGGGGCAGGGGGAGGAGGAGGUGCGGGUGGUGGCGGGGCAGCGGGCGGGGGAGGCGGCGGGGCGGUGCAGUCGCCGCCGCCGCAGCGGGGCGCGCGGGAGCGGGAGAUUCUGCAGGCGCUGGGGCAGCUGGAUGACGCCCAGGAGGUGCUGAAUGAGCGCGCAGUGGCGGUGAUGACCCGCAUGAGCAACAAGCUCACGGGUCGCGACUUCCACCCUCUCGCUGCCUCUGCCGCCCCGGCCGCUUCUCUCCCGGGAGCCGUGCCGGAGUCCCCUCGCACGGGCAGCGGCAAUAGCUUGCUGGGAGACAGUGGGCGCAGCUUGGAGCGGACCACGUCGGCCAUGGCUGCUGCGGCGAUGGGGAGUGGUGGUGGGGUGAUAGCGGAGGGGCGGGAGAGCGAGCCGGGGGUGAGUGUGAAGGAGCAGGUGCAGCGGCUGGUGGUGCAGGCCACCUCGCAUGAGAAUCUCUGCCAGAGCUACAUCGGCUGGUGCCCCUUCUGGUGA